ACUGAUGUUAGCCUCGCGAGUAUCAGCCAAUCAGAGCGCAGGGGGAGCGGAGCUGUGAUUGGUCAGAGCGGUGGGACAAUUAUUGAUCCAGUUUUUAUUUUAACAUUUAAAGUUGAAUGUGUCACGAGACAGACAGGGAGGGUGAGACAGUUACACCGAGGAAAGAUGAGACAGACAGGGAGGGUGAGACAGCCUCAUGGACUCUCCACCAGAAUCUCUCACCUGGUUGCCAUUGGUUACAGCAUGGAGCACUCUGAUUGGACGAACACUUCCCUGACUGCACUGCUUCCAGGUGAGAUUUUGCUUUAAAUAAAUUUGAGAUAUUUGAUUAUUGAAUUCAAAUAUUGAUGUGUGUGUCAGGUGUCCAGUCAGCAACAGGAUGUCUCACUCCUCUGACGGAGGUAAGAAAUGUAAACACUACACUUUCAUUGAUUUGAUAUUUGGUUUACUAUGUUAAUUAUGCUGUGUGUGUGUGUCUCAGGUGACCAGAGCCUGGCGGGGUCAUCCAGCAGGAUGUGGGCGGAGCCUCAGCCCAGCAGACAGGGUUACUGUGGAUACUGCAGAGUCCUGUACUCAGACCUGGACCAGCACCUGUCGAGCCUCAGACACCUGGACUCAGUCAGGACGUCCAGAGGCUCAGGCGUCGCCGAUGAGAGUCGCCGCUCCAACCUGACGCUGCUGGAGCGCUUCCUGCAGGAUGUCCUGCAGCACCACCCGAACCGCUACAGUGACCCCAGGCCAUCCCACGCUGAUCUCCCGUCAGUCUCUUCCCCUCCGCUGCCAAGGCCGGAGCUCGAUGAACUACGUUUCUUUGACGACGACAGUCCGUUGCUAGGGAACAGAGAACAACUGCCCAGCUCUGACGACACCAUGCGCAGCCGAUCAGGAGCCAUUCAGGACAGGCAGGAGGACAUAGGGACCGCCCCCACAGGGCACACACACUCACCACACUACCAAGCCCCGCCCUCUGUUCACAGGAAAGCCCACAGGAAGACAAACAGGAGGAAAACCAGCGAGACGUCCUGCUCCUCUCCCCGCCCCCCCACAGAUUCUCUGGACGGGACCAUCGAGGAGGUGAUCCAGAAGUGCUGUCAUGGUGUCACUUCCACUUCCUGCCAGCAGGAGGAGACGGACAGCUUCCACUUCAGCCUGCCGGUCUCCAUGGAAUCACAGAGCGACGACUGGGACGGUCCCGUGGAGGAGCGGCUACGGUCGUCACUCACACCUGUCCAUCAGGGAGGGGGGAGGGACCUGAGCCGUCUGAUGGACGGUCAGGUGGAGCUGGAGAGCCAGGUGUACUCGCACCAGCUCGACGCCGCCCUCGCAGGGGGCGGGGCCAGGUAUAUCCCAGAAUCCUUCAGGGGGAAGACCUGGGCCCAGAUCGAGCAGGAGGACGAGGAGAAGGUGGAGAAACUGGUCGGACAGUUCAGACGAGGAAGAUUCAUCUGCUACUUUGACAGCGAGUCUCUGGCGAGGUACGGGAGGAGGGGCCACAUCACUAAGGGGCGUGUUGAGAGCCAGGAGGCAGGUCCAGACUCUGACGAUUAUGAGUCUGCGUAUAGGAGGAGGAGGAGGAAGGGGCGGGGCUUCAGGUUGGCAUCCAGGUGUCAGGUGGUUAAAGUCAGUCACAGCACUCAGACCGUCCGAUUGGUCGUCCCAGAGGUCCGUCAGCCACCUCAAGAGACCCCGGCCACCAGCAUCCCUGCAGCCAAUCAGGAUGUAGCAGAGAGGACACCUGAGGUGCAGAUGUGGCGCUGCCUCCCUCCGUCGUACUCCCACAUCAUUACGCCAGUGCAGCCUCGCACCUCUCUGGUCUACCUGCUGUGUUCCCCCUCAGGCUCCGCCCCCAGCUGCACACCUUCACCCAGCUCCGCCCCCAAACGUUGCAGAAAGAAAAGGCGUCCGCUGGACCUGCAGGGGGUAAAGGUCAAAUACAAACGACUUCCUGUCAGGUUCUACGACACCAGCACCAACCGCAUCCUGAAGAACCCCCCGAAAGGCUUCCUGCGGCGCCAAGGCCCCGCCCCCUCAGGCCCCGCUCCACCCUGCGUCCGUCAGCUGUUUCGAAGUCUGAGUCCAGACCUGAACACAGACAAACCUCAGGGGGAUGGGGGGGGCAAAAAUCACACCAGCAACUUCCUUCUGAGCACUCUCAGUAGGGACGCAGCUGAUAAACAGGAAACAGUCCAGAGGCGUGGUAGGACGUCUAAAGCCCCGCCCCCUCAACGGAGGAAGGAGGGGACACACCCCCCAACCUCCAAGAGGAGAACCAGGGCUCAGGCCACGCCACCGCAACCCAGAAGGGAAGGCUUGCGGCGGACAGUCCCCGCCCCCCGGACUCCCUCCCCUCCUCGACGGGGAAGAACACGGAGGGGGCGGAGCUGCGAGAGGGGACGAAGAUAGCAGGACACCUGAACAAGAAGGGGAUCGGGACGUGUUCUCGAAUCAGGAUUCUAUAAGAAGUGUUCUAGAAUCGGGACACGUGUUCUAAAUCGGACACGUGUUCUGGGAUCAGGAUACUUGUUCUAGAAUAAGGACACAUGUUCUAGAUCGGACACGUAUUUUAGGAUCACGACACGUGUUCUAGAACCAUUUCACAUGUUCUAGAAGCAGGAUAUCUGGGUUAUGGUUGUAAAAUCUGUAACUCAGUUUCAGCAUUGAUUCAUGAAUGAGUCAGUUUACAGUGAAAUCAUUAAUAAUCUGAAAAGUAUUUUUAUAUUUGUGUCUUCUUUUUUUAACAAAAUAAAUCUGUAUUGUGAUUUUAAGAUUUAAAUAUUUUGUCAAAUGUUUUGAACAUAAUAAUAAUAAUAAUCAUGUCUUGAUUUAAUAUAAAUGAUUCACAGGUGCAACAGUAAACUGAAGGUCAUGACUCAGGUGUGGUUCCACAUGUUCCACCAUUAUUUAAAAGUCUGUUGAAUAAAGUUUUUCUAUCUGAGCGUC